AUGGUUUCCCCACAGGCCAACGGCACCCGUGUGCCAAUGGAGAUCGUGCUGUUGCACAGGGUGGGCUCCGGCUGCCGUGGCGUUAUCCACCUCCUCGACUGGUUCGAGCUGCCCGACAGCUUCGUGCUGGUCUUGGAGCGCCCGGAGCCGUCCCAGGACCUCUUCGAUUUCAUCACGGAGAGGGGGUCCCUGUCCGAGGAGCUGGCGCGAGGUCUGUUCCGCCAGGUGCUGGAGGCUGUCCGGCACUGUAACAACUGCGGCGUCCUGCACCGUGACAUCAAGGACGAGAACAUCAUCAUCGACCUCGCCACCGGUGAGCUUAAGCUCAUCGACUUCGGCUCCGGCACGAUCCUCAAGGACACCGUGUACACCGAGUUUGACG